GCCUUGGAAACAAAGUCUCGCGAUGACUUCGACAAGUACUGCGUCAAGGCAGGAGGAAUGGCUCUCUGGCCACCGCCACCCAGCGUGCCACGAUUUUGCACAAUUGGCGCCUUUGUCGAGCACAUUUCCAAGAUCAAGGAUGAUAUCGACGAGCGCAUCUGGGACCCUGAAGUGAAGGUGCACGAGUCGGCGGAUCUAGCGGCUGUGUGGGCCCCGUUCAGGGCGAAGAUCAAUGGGGUUGUGGACCAUGUCGGUGUCGAACUGUUCGUCCUCCAUAAGAUUAAUGGGGAAUGGAAGGUGACUGGUCUGGCUGAUUCGUGCCGACGACCAACGGAGGAUGAGAAAUUUUCACUAGCCUGAGAUCAGUUUUGGCUCCACACAUG